CACAUCCGAGGCAGUUGAAAAGUCCCGUGUAAUUGUCAAGUACUGUAUCCCAGUCCAAGUCGCAAUGGUCUCGAGUGCUGGAGAAGGCGGAAGCACCACUGGCAACCUCCAGGUGCCAUCGGCAGCCUACAUGGAGGUUUUGUCACCCCGUGUUCCGAGCUCAGGCACAAGCUCCCGAGCCUUGAACCUUCGUCGCCGCAAGAUCGAGAUCGAGAUCGUUGAAGGUGCUCGCAAGGGUCCGACGUGGCAAUUUCCCGGUUCGGGCUCUUCGGAGCACGUUCAAGUGCCACAAGGCGAACUGACCGAGAUCCAGAAGGAACUGGACCAGCCAAAGAAACUACUGGGCCAAUUACCAGCCACUUCCAUCUCGGGCAAUGACAUUCUGUCCAGUGUUCUCUACUCGGCGUCGUCGGUGGCUGCCAAGGCCGGCAAACUCAUGCCCAUCCCUCUCCUCAUGGUCUCCACUGUGCUCUUCUUCUUUCGUUUCAUUUAUGAAGAAGUGGUAACAGCCAUCCCUUUGAACGGUGGUACCUACAACGCGCUCUUGAACACGACGUCGAAACGCACCGCCGCGGUGGCCGCCUGUCUCAGCAUUUUGUCCUAUGUGGCAACUGGCGUCGUUUCGGCAACUUCGGGUGUCCGCUACCUGAACAACCAGAUUGACAUUCCUAUUGUUGGAGCGACCAUCAUUCUGCUUGGAGCAUUUGCCAUUUUGGCCGUGAUCGGAAUCACCGAGAGCUCACGUGUUGCCGUCGUCAUCUUUUUGCACCACAUCCUCGUCCUGCUCAUCCUCUUAGUGUCGUUGGAUUUCGCCGGCUCCAUGUUGGACGGCAACGUGUUCACUGCCAUUUUCUUCGGCUUUGGUGCCUCCAUGCUCGGUAUCACUGGCUUUGAGUCCUCGUCCAACUACGUCGAGGAGCAGAAGCCAGGCGUCUUCCGCCAGACUCUACGCAACAUGUGGGCGCUCGUCACGUUCUUUAACGUCGGACUCGGUGCCGGGAUCCUCGCGGUGUUGCCACUUGAAGGUGAUGGUGGCAUCUACCACAGCUCCGAUGAUCUACUUGCAAUGGUUGGCCGAGAAUCCGUGGGAAGCUGGUUUGAGUCAUGGAUCUGUGUCGACGCCUUCAUCGUGCUGUCCGGCGCCGUACUGACGUCCUAUGUCGGUAUCUGUGGUCUCGUACGUCGUCUAUCAACGGACCGUGUGUUGCCGGCCUUCCUGGCGAGAACUAACAAGCUACGAGGCACAAACCACUACAUUAUCGGCAUCUAUUUCUUGCUCUCGUCGAGUCUCGUUCUCAUUCUGAACGCUGACGCCACUACGGUGAACGGUGUGUACACGUACGCGUUUCUUGGUCUGAUGGCCAUGUUCUCGUGUGCCUGCAUGUUGCUGAAGGGAAAACGCUCGGAGAUUCCACGUGACAUCCACGCGCCAUGGGCUACGGUUAUCAUUGGCUUCAUUCUGGUUGUAGUUGCCAUUUUUGCCAACUUGCUGGGUGACCCGUCUGUGCUCAUGUACUUUGCCAUCUACUUUAUCGUCGUCAUGCUCGCCAUGUUCAUCAUGUUCGAACGUGUUACAAUUUUGCGUUGCAUGCUGGUCAUGUUGAAGAAGAUGGCGCCGUCUCGUUAUGGUAAGGCGGCUGCGGUCGGUCUCACUACUGACAACUCGGAGGUGGAACACACGGGCGCGCGUGGAGGACGCACGAUUGCGCGUACGAUUAUCAGUAUCCGCAACGCGCCUAUUGUCUUCUUCUGCAAGGUGCCCGACCUGACUAUUAUCAACAAGGCAAUUAUCUAUGUGCGUCGUAACGAACAGACCCACACGCUUCGUAUCGUGCACGUAUUUGCGGAUGAGGAAGCCGAUGCACCGAUACUUGCGACGUUCCGUGAGAUGGCUGCGUUGCUCGACAGCAUGUAUCCGAAGAUCCGUGUCGACUUUGUGUCGGUGCGCGGCGAGUUCGGUCCGGCGAUGAUCGAGUGGCUGUCGCGCUCGAUGAAUGUGCCACGCAACAUGAUGUUCAUCACGCAGCCGGAUUUGAUUUCAGCCGAACGUGUGUCGACGGCCGGCGUGCGAGUCAUCACGGCAUGA